AUGCAUUAUUUUAGGAAAAAAAAAAAUGAGCCUGUCAAUAAGAGAGAGGCCUUCAUAGCAAACAGUAAAUACACCAAACAAAAUAGAACUCUCAAAAGUGAUGACGUAUUCAAUGGCGUGGACGCAUUUGAGAAGCAACCAGACCAGAAUGGAAAGAAUAAAUCCCAUAUGAAUGAUACGCAAAAGUUGGAAACGAGCACGAACUCUUUCCUAGAUGGGAGUUUCAAAGAAGAGAUAGGAAUUACCUCCAACAAAGGUGCAUUAUCGAAUCAAAAGCAAAAAUUCAAUAGCGGUUCCCGUUUUGAAGAAGAAAAAAAUUUCGACCAUUCCAGCAGUGAAUAUGGCAUGGAGAGCUACAACGAAGACAUGGCAAAGGAGUACAGUCAAAAGGGAGACAUUCCAAACAGUGAACUAAAACAUUUAGCACAAACGAACGAACAGAAUAAUGUUUCAAACAAUAGUGAACCCAGUGACAGUAACGUUUAUAAUCACGGAGAGGGAACCAACUUUAAGGACUCCUCGUCGUAUGAUAGUGUAAGGGACAAAAUUAUUUCAAAAAAUGUGGAUAGGGAUGUGCAACAUCUGCGAAACAGCAAAAUGGAAGGAGAAUUUAAACCAUUUGUAGGAAGUCAAAAGUAUAGCAAACAGAAUUCAUCAUUACUCAGCAAUCAGAGGAAAACAAACGAUUCACCAAAAAGUGACAAACCGGUAAAUGAAAAUAUGCCCCCGAAUAGAACCUACAUUUCGAGUAAAUCUUUUAACAACAAUGCAGGCACUGGUCAAAGUGGAACUAACCACAUCAAUGGGGAGCACACCAACCAUUUUUAUGAUAACAUGAAGGCAGCAAGCAUACACUCUGAGUUAAGUGCAAAUAACAGUGUGUCUCUAACCAGUGGGGAUAAAAGAAAAAUGGAGACAAAUCUAAAUUCCAUCCAAAGGAAUAGGACAUUGCAGACAAAUGCAGGUUCGCAAGAUGACAUGCACCAUGACUCUCCUGACAGGUAUGGGGAAAACACGGAGGAGCUCCCACACGGGGAGCAGCUAAUUUACGAGGGACAGCAUCAUCAUAACGCCAAUUUGAUGGAACAAAUCGACAGAAUUAACAGCAGCGGGAACGACAGAAGUGGUAACUUCUAUGAAGGGAUAGACCCAAAUGAUCCGGCUGGAGGUAGUCUAAACUCUCUGCAACUUUCGCAAAGGUAUGUUGAUACAGGUGAAUCUGGUGAUGGACAGAAUGCACAAAAUGCACAAAAUGUGAGAACCCGAAAUAGGGACAAUUUCGAUGAAACCUUUUUAAAAAAUAAUAAUUCUUCCGCAAAAAAUGGGGAGUUCUAUAAAAAGUUAAACAGUAAUAUGAUAGAGGUGGAGGAAAAAAUCAAUGGGGAGAAUUUUAAAGAAAGCGUAGAUGCUGAGUUGGGGCAGCUAACGAGGGGUAGUAGGAGCAGUGUUCAUUCGAGUAGGUCUUACACACAGCCAAUACAUGUGCAUGAGGAGUUGGGCGGACACCCAAGUGAGCAACUUCCCAAGUACAACACAGCGAGAAAUUCUAUGCAACCGCAACCCAGCCGUCAAUCCACCAGGAAAGACUUAUCCAAGUCUAUAAAUAUCAACGACAUGUCAGAAAAGAAUGUUUCAGCGCGGCAAAGUGUCCAACUAGAAAAGGCAUACAGCAGGAACCAAUCAAAUAGCAGACACGUAGAACCGAGGAGAAGUUAUAUGCAUGUAGGAAACCUACAGAUCGAAUCGAGGAGCUAUUCUAUAGCAUCCAAAAAAAGUCACACUAACAGAUCGAGGGAACAUUUUGAGGAACACAAAAAUAAUAUGAUUCUAUCUGAAAACAGGACUAUGAGAAUGCCUGAGAGUUUAAUAGAAUUAAAAUUUAACCUGAACGGAUCUGUGAGUAGCAUGUCAGAAUCGACAAAUGAAAUGAACAUGGAAAAUGGUUCGCUCAAAUGUGAGAGCGGGCAAGAGCAUUUAAUGAACACCUCGGAAGAAUCAGCAGAUAGCCACAUGCGGGUAGGUAACCAAAUGGAAUAUAGAAGCAGCCUAGCCAAACAUAGCAGAAAAAUGGAAUCAAAAAGACACCAUGAAGAUGCAUCUAAUAGCUUGAUAGAAUCGCAAUACGCAGAAGACGAAGACCAUUUGAUCGACUCACAAUUUGGACAACCCUCCAACCAUCUAAUCGAAUCGCAAUAUGAUAUGCACAAAUGUAAUGACAACAUGUCAGACACUAAUAACAGCUCCAUGAGCUUAAAUAAGAGUCAACACCAAAUGAGCAACGUUAUGGGUGACGAACGUGACAAUUUUAUCAAACCGGGAAAGUACUCACACAAGUCGCAGUACAGCAAGGUCAACUCGGGGAUAGUGCACACAGAAUCGAGAAGGAGUCUAAUCAAUUCGACACACAGUCAGAUGCAAUUACGGAAUAUUUCUCAGCGUUCAAGUAAUAACCUUAUGAAUCAGAAUAAGGUUUACAAAGAAUCGAGUGGCACUUUGGCGGAGUCUCGUAACAGCCUGAUGAAUUCGCAAAGUCGGCAAAAUGAGAUGUGGAAAAGUUUGACAGAGACGAAUGAUACGUUUGGAAAUUCUAAAUAUAGUCACAGCGUGUCUGGGUCGAGGCGCAGCCACACGGAAAGCAACAGCAGCAUCAACAAUGGCAAGCGCGACGAGGACCAUUCGAAUGCUACCUUGGAAGAGAGACCGCCUCAACCAUCCCACUCAUUCCAACAAAACAGAAAAGAUCUGAACGAAAUGAACCACUACUAUGAUGACAGACGAAGCAAGCCCCAUUUGAACAGAAGUGAAUAUGUCCCGAAGAAGAACAUCCCACAUGCUUAUAAAAAAUUCAAUACGUGUGUCCGCGAUGAUGAGCAGAAGGCUGAUUUGUUGCAAGCCUUCCAAAAGGGUAUUAAAACAAAGUGGGGCGCACAAAAUGCACAAGUCCAAGGUGUAAACGAAAUGGGGAAAUCAAGAAACGCUUUGGAAAAUUACGAAAAGAGACAAACAAAUGACACCAUUCGUGAGUCUGAGAAUUACAAUUUAAAAAAAGAACAAAGUAGGAAUUAUUUCUCCAGGGACGACAGCAAUGGUAAUUUGCCGCAAUUGUCCCGAACGUCCAGAACGUCACAUGCACCUCUUGUGCAUAGUGAAGAUGUUGACAAAAAACUGGGCGGUAAAAUGCACUACGAAGAAUUAGAAAACACUUUUGAGAAUUUCGAAAAGGAAGGGCAUAAGGAUGGUAGCGAUCUGGAGUUUUCCUUCGAUCAGGAAAAUAAAAUCUGCAAAGAUAUGUGCAAGGACUUCUCAGCAUCCAUUACGAAUUCGCAACUUUUAAUGAGUGGCUCUCAUAAUAUUAUGCACCACUCAGGUAUAAAUGCUUCCAACCAUUUUGAUCUUGAGAUGUCCAAUAAAUCAAACAAAACUUCAGACAUGGAUAAAUUCGCCAUGGAAAAUAAUUUCAAUAUGAACGUCAAUUCGAAUUAUAUUAAACGGCUAACCAUGAACGAUAAUUUCGUCAACACAAAUUUGCAAAUCUCCUACAUGGAAAAUGAAAUUCAAAAUAAAAUAAAAGACCUUGACAACUUUUUGGGGGAGAAUUUUGAGCACAAAUGCAAUUCUGUCCUCAACAGAAUUGAGAAGCUGCUUUCUUCCGACUUUUUCAGCGAGUCGUAG